AUGAUCUGCGCCAAAACCCUCCUAUUCGCCUUUGUGGCACUCUCUCUCUCCCUUAUGACUGUGGCGCAGGCCGCCCAGCCCACCAUCAGCCACAACGCUGCCGUGCGCCGUCACGCUGCUAUGCUCGAGGCGCGUCCUGCUCGUCGAUCGGUCGCCGUCGGGGAUGGUAAGAUGAUAAUGCAAAAGAGGCAGACCGCCGAGCAACUCUCUCAGGCAGCUGCACUCAAACAGUGGGACGACGACUUCCACGCCAAGAACGCUGAGUGGCAGAAGGCUGCUAUGGCUGCCUUGGCUGAAGGCAAGACCCCACCUACCUAUGACCAGUACUGGGAUGGCAAGUCAGGCGGCUCUUCGUCGUCGUCAUCGUCGUCCGACUCUGGCUCUUCUUCCUCCUCGUCCUCCGACAGCGGCUCUUCCGAUGCUACUUCGGCCGCUCCCCAGCAAGACCAGUCCAGCGGUGCUUCUACGCAGGACAACUCUGGCUCCGAGUCGGACGAUUGUGCCGAACAGGACUCGAACAACGACGCGACGCCCGCCGCUCCGUCGUCGAGUGCUCCCAGCGCCACCUCUUCCAAGGGCGCUGCCGCCGCCGCUGCUGCCACGGGAAGCAAGAACAACGCAGCUCAUAGCAACUCGAACGCAAGCUCGUCGUCGUCGUCGCAGGCCACAUCGGGACACUUUGGCGGACAGGCGACCUACUAUGCUCCCGGCUUGGGCGCUUGUGGCUGGACCAACACCGAAUCGGACUACAUUGUCGCCAUCUCUGCCUCAUUGUUCGACUCGUUUGGCACGGGCAACCCCAACAAGAACCCGGCUUGCGGACACAAGAUCUCGGCUAGCUACGGAGGCAAGACCAUCACGGUCUCUGUUGCCGAUCGAUGUGUUGGCUGUGCAUGGGGCGACCUCGACUUUACGCCGACUGGCUUCUCGCAGCUCGCCGACAUGUCCAAGGGCCGUCUGAGUGGCUUGACGUGGUCGUGGAUUGAUUCUGCGCCCUAA